UUGUGACUGACAUUAACAUUCAAUCACGCCGAAAGUGACAUGGCGGAGGAAACGGAUAAUCCCUAUACUACGUUCUCAGGGGAGAAACGACCUUUCAGAGGCCUCAAACUCUGGAAAGUGUUAACUUUACUUUCAAGUCUAAUCGCCAUAACUAUUGCAGCAGUUUUUGUUUGGUACGUAUUAACACACAAGACGGAGAAGGCUAGUGAGAAACAAAAUGCGGGCACCGAUUUUACGCUGGCGUGCCCCCAGCUACCUACAUUGUUUCCUCUGCCGAAGGAGACCCCAAAGCAAAUCACAGAAGUCUUUGAGAAGCUUAAUUCAGCCCUUAGUGCUGCAAUUGACGAGAGUUCGUCGCUACCAGCCAUUUCUAUGAAUGUAUUUUACCGAGAUGAGAUUCUUUGGAGCGGCCAUUAUGGAAGCAAGGUGUAUAAACAGCCGACAUCGAAACCAAAUGACACUACUGUUUAUCGGAUUGGAAGCGUCACCAAGAUAUUUGCUGUCCUCUUAGUGUACAAACUCUACGAAGAAGGAAAAAUUUCUUCAAUUGACGACCCAUUGAGUAAGUACGCUCCUAAUUUCUCUAUUAACAACCCUUUUACCGGCGACAACAUUACACUACGCGAGAUCGCGAGUCAAAUGUCGGGAUUACCACGCGAGGCUCCCUGCCUAUAUCAGUGCACAAAUACAAGCUCGCGUGAGCAGCUUACCUUGCUGAGAAACCGCACGUUAGUUCUUCCUCCUUGGACGGAGCCUUCAUAUAGUAACCUUGGUUACGCAUUGCUCGGUAGGCUACUUACUGAGAACUUACUGAACGACACAUUCGAGAACUGGACGAAAGAUAACAUUUUGAAACCCCUCGGAAUGGCAAAUACUGGCUUUCAAAUCACAGAGGAGGUAGAGAAAAACAUGGCGUUGCCUUAUUUACCCAAUGGACAGCGAAUGAAGUUUAUGGAAAUCGGAUGGUUAGCACCAGCAGGGAAUAUGUACUCCACUAUUGAGGAUCUUGCCAAGUUAGGAAUGAUGCUUGCUCAACCAGAUAAACAGAAACUGUUCAAACCUGCCACUCUUCGAGAGAUGAUGACUCCCAAAGACAUUACUCCGGACGGAGUGACGGUGUGGGGAUCUCCUUUUGAAAUGUUCUUCAGAGAACAUUUCUUGAUCCGCACUAAAGCUGGCAACAUUGAUACUUACAGUGCGUUGCUCAUAGUUAUUCCCGAAAUGGCUCUUGGAGCAAAUAUUCUGAUAAGCACCACGUAUUACAUUCAGCCAACCGGGUCUCAAGGCUCUGCGCUGCUUUACAAGCUCCUUGUUCCGAGACUCAACGAAACUCUUUUUGAACUGCAGCGUAAAUCCCACUUUCCUAUUGCUCCGGAGCCUUUCAUUGGAAAAUUUCGCGUGAAGCAAGUUAAUCCAAUAUUUGGUACCACUGUCACCUAUAACAUUACCAUUACCAGCUACCAAAAUUUUUUGCUCUCCAGUGUUCUUCCCCUUACGACAAAGUCGACCCUGGAAAUCAGGUAUGUAGGGGAAAACCUGGUUUUCCAAGCUAAAUUACGUAUCCCAGGGAAUUCUUGUUUUGGGGAGCGUAUAGGAACAUUGGCAGAUCUAUAUUAUGAGCCCCUCGAUAAAGAGAAGCUGUCACAGGGUUUCCAAAUUCCGCAAUGGGGGAUUCUUGCCAAGCGCCUGAAGGAAAGCGGUGAAGAUCCAGUCGAUGAAAAGAGGCAGGAAUUUGAUUUGUUCCACGACUUUAAGAGUGCCAUAUAGACUAUGAACCCUUCACUCUUUUUAUCUCGACUAUUUAUACUUACGCUUGUCAUCUAGAUUAGCUCCUCAACUUAAUUACUGGCAAUGAUACACAAUUAAGUCUUCCUACAGCUUUCAAAGAUUGACGAACAAACAGGAAAAGAGAAUUUAUAGAAUUAUCAACUGAUCAACUGCGGUAUUUUUUUAGACAGAAAACAUAACUCUCAGUACAGUUAGGAGAAUAAGCUUUCUGGUCUGAGGAACGAGAUCGACAAAGUGAAACAAAGGAAGGAGCUUUUCCUAGCUUGACCAAACUCUAAAAAUCGAUGAAAUAAUGAUAUCACUAUAUAACUAAGCUCAGUUUGUACCGGCAUAACGCCUCUUAUUGAUAAGGCUGAAUUCAAUUGUUUAUACUCAGUGCAUUUUGAAUAUAUAAAAAUCAUAAAGUGUGACUUGAUUUUCGUAGAACAGUGCUCAAUACAUAGAAGUAGA